AUGUCAUCACAGACUGGAGGUGGCAGAGGCAGUGACGCCGGCUCGGUGCAACGCGGGCAGAUGCAGAGUUUGGCAAGACAAGGGUCUUUAUACAACCUUACCCUCGAUGAGGUGCAGAACCAUUUGGGGGAGCCAUUGCUUAGCAUGAAUUUUGAUGAGCUCCUGAAGAGUGUGUUUCCUGAUGGUUUAGAUCCAGAUGGUGCUGUUACAGGCAAGCCUGAUCCGACGUCGAGCCUGCAGCGACAGGGGAGCAUCAUGAUGCCUCCGCAGCUGAGCAAGAAGACUGUUGACGAGGUGUGGAAGGGCAUCCAGGGUGGACCAGAGACCAGUGUUGCGGCGGAUGGUCGGCAGAGGCGAGAGAGGCAGCCAACGCUUGGGGAGAUGACACUUGAGGACUUCCUGGUCAAAGCUGGGGUUGUUACAGAAGGACUUAUGAAGGAUUCGGCUGAUUUGCCAAGCAAUAUGGAUACAGUUGGCAGCAGUGUUGUUGUGGCUGGUGCUUCUAGUUUGAACCCUGGAGCACAGUGGUUGCAGCAGUACCAACAGCAAGCUUUGGGGUCCCAGCAACCGAGUUUGGCGGGUUCAUACAUGGCUAGUCAGUUGCACCCUCAGCCAUUGUCUAUUGCUACAGGUGCUAUUUUGGAUUCGAUUUACUCUGAUGGCCAGAUUACUUCGCCAUCAUUUGGUGCACUUUCGGACUCUCAGACACCUGGGCGCAAGCGCGGUGCCUUAGGGGAGGUAGUGGAUAAGGUGGUUGAAAGAAGGCAGAAGAGGAUGAUAAAGAAUAGGGAAUCAGCUGCACGAUCAAGAGCGAGAAAGCAGGCUUACACUAAUGAACUUGAAAACAAGGUGUCCCGUCUAGAAGAGGAGAAUGAGAGGCUAAAGAAACAGCAGGAGUUGGAUGAGAUACUGAGCUCUGCUCCUCCCCCAGAACCCAAGUAUCAAUUCAGGAGAACGGAUCGCGAUGGCGCGGCGUCGGCGUCGGGAGAGCGGCUCCGGUUCCAGCUGUGGAAGCUGCUGCGGGUCGCGGACGCAAGGGCAGUGGCGGGUACACAGCCGCUGAACGCUGCUGCUGCCACGGCGGCAGGGGAGAGUCGCUGCGUCGGCGUCGGGGCAAGCCUGAAGAAGCAGACGCCGAGCAAGUCGAAUCCGAGGCAGAAUUAG